AUGGAGGAGGACCCCGAGGACUCGGGAUCCUUGCGGGUACAGCGCCUGCGUCGCUCGGUGGAGGUCGGGAUUCCGCGUCAGCCUCCCGAGGCUGCAUCGCAGCCGUCGGGCCUCGGAUAUCCGGCGCGGCCGCGAGGGUUGACGCUCACCCACCCCCAUGUUGCUGCCCCGGAAAUUCUGGCGCAGCCCGGGCCGGGCCGACGACGCCAGCGCUACCGUACGCCCGGCCCGACGGAGAGCGCCAGAGUCGACCGUCCCGGCCCGCGCCUUUUACCUCCGCCUCUAUCCGCUUUUUGUCCACGUCGUUGA